UGACUUUGUAAAAUGUUUAAUGCGUAUUUAGGACACAAGUUAGCUUGUGGUUGUACCCCAGAUCAUUUGAAUUAUCACGGCUGUUAACACAGAAUAGAUACGUAUACAGAAGCGCCACUUAGCGAAAAAUCUGUGAAUGGGGAGGUGCCAACAGCUUUACUUGUUACCAAAUAAUCCCGAUAAGUGUGGGUGUGUUUACCUGAGCAUUUUUUAUCAAACUUCCCUCUUAAAUUUAUUUGUAACUUGUACAAAAAUAAAAAAUUUGUAUUAUUCUUAUCGUAUACUUUUACCACUAAAAUUGUAUUAACUAACUGAGUAAGUUAGUACUUGAGAUUUUUUAAACAAUAUAUUUGUGUAAAUAAUUGUUGUUUUUAUUACUGAAAACCGAAAAUUAAUAAAUGUGAAAAGUUCUAUAAUUUGAUAGCGAAACUGGUAGCGAAAUUUGAAAUUUUUUUCAACCAAUUUUCGAAUAAAAUGAAAACUUGGUUGCGAAUUAGAAACAUGCAUUCGACUGUAGGAGCCUACGAAAAGUGGCUCAGCGGCUUCUUGCCACAAAUCCAACAUGGCUUCCACGGACGACAUAAUUGUAAGACGAAGAUUGCUGAUUGAUGGUGAAGGAAGUGGGGAUAAUCGAAAAAUUCAGACCUUACUGAAGACGUUUUUGAAGUGGUUUCACUUCGAGGGUAACGAGGACGAAAGGGAUCAUUUGUACAACAAAAUGAUGAUUUUGCUGGUGCAAUGCGACUUUAACAUUUGUAAAACGCUGCAAGUCUUUGAAAUGAAUCAAGUUGAAAUGAAGAAUUACAUGGACCUUUAUGAAAAUAUUGGGGAAAGCAUAAAGAGUGCCAAUGAUCAAAUUAAGGAGUGUAAAAGAGAUUUGGAUGAGGCUAAAACAGUUCGAAAGAACAGACAAGAGUAUGAUGCUCUCGCAAAAGUUAUAUCAAAACAGCCAAAUCGAAAAGAAACUUCGAGCGAGAUAAAUGUCUUAGAAAAGGAACUGCAGACUUUAACUGAAACGCAGCAAACUCUCACAACGAAGCUCGAGCUUCGAAAGAAACAGCUCCACUUACUCGUUCAUACAAUACACGAACUACAAGAAAUGUUGGAAGAUGAUCCAGGGGCAUCAAGGAAGCCAAGGAUAUAUCAGUCGUUGCCGAUGAUUCUAUUGACAUGGAUGUAUCGUGAGGUGAUCAUUUGCUAA